AUGACACUCCUCGAAAAAUACAACAAAUCGUCAAAGGAUAAAGCAACCAAAAUAUUGGAUGGUGCGAUGGCAAAGCUUCAGAACAUGGAAGCGACUUUUGCAACUUGCUUCCCGCAUCCCACUUUGUCUGCUGCUUCUACCGAAUUCAAGAAGCUGAACGUCGAAAGUGGGUCAAACGAGCCUGUUUCCAAGGCUGUUUCGAUGACAAUUGACGAAAUUUCCACAGUGUCUCAAGAUGCCCGAGCUCUAGAGGUUUUCCUCAAUUUGCACAUUCCCAAGAUGGAAGACGGUAACAAUUUUGGGGUCACAGUGCAACUCUCAAUGUUGAAGCAGCUUUCUGAUAUGCAAGAGGCCGCAGGAAAAGCGAUCGAUGAACUAUCUGGAUACUCCAAUGCCAGAGCUGAAUCCCUUUCCAAGUUGAAUCUACCAUCGGUUUCAAGUUCUAUCACAAAGUUGACAUCGUCUUCAACUACUGAUGGGAAAAAAGAGGAAAAGUCAAGUGAAAGCAAAGAGGAAAAAAAGAGUAGCUCCGACAUGACUGGACCAAUGUUUGAUAGCCGUGUUGGGGCUCUAAUUGCGACUGAUGUGCAGUAUUACUCCAAAGCGCAAAGAGCUUUCCAGGCGACAAUUUCCAGCUACAUGGCAGUCCUUGACUACAUGGACAAAAACAAGGAAAAACUAGAGAAGCCAAAGGGAUCUGGCGGGUCACACUCGGGUUACCAGAGCAUGUACUAG